AUGUGGAUGUUCUCGCUGAGCUUUAUCCGUCGCGAUACCGCGCCGAACUGGCUUUGGAACUUCCUCAUUGGCUUCUUCACUCCGUUUAUUACCGGCGAUAUUGACUUCGCGUACGGUUAUGUCUUCGCCGAAUGCCUAUUUGCUGCGGUCGUGAUCGUCUACUUCUGCGUGUUGGAAGGUAAGGGCAAAACUUUCGAGGAGAUGGACAUGAUGUACGUUAUGCGUGUCCCGGCAUGGAACCGCAGCAAAUGGGUACCUCCACCCCCAGAGCACCGAAUUACUACGGCGCAAGCUCUGGACCGGAGGACAGCAGUGGGGAUUGACCGGGCCGAAAGCUCGGACAAACAAGACGCUGAUAGUGACGGGGGUCACCACCAGCAUAUCGAUGAUAGUGGUGCUGGCCCGUCGUCAGCCUGA